AAUAAUUCAUAUGCGAUCCAAGUCGAAACACCCAAAAACGUCCUCACAUCUCUGAAACUGUAGAUACAAUUCUGCGUAAGCAUACACUACCAAGAUAUUACAUCGAAGAGUGUGAAUAUACUCGCAUCUCGUAUGCUUUUUACUAAAACGUUUUAAUCUUCAGUAUUUAAUUUUGCAUCUGGGUCUGAAGCAAAAGUCGCCAAGUUUGAGCUAGGGUUUUAUCAUCCUCUUUCUUGCGGAGAUAGAUACAGAUUUUGUAUGUAUGGAGGCUUAUAAGAGAUGGGUCAGGACAAAUAAAGAAUAUGUUCAUUCUCUGGAGUCUCUUUUUAAUGGCUUGACAUGGCUUCUACCAGAGCGGUUUUCUGAAUCUGAAAUUGGACCAGAAGCAGUGACAUCAGUUUUGGGAAUAAUCACAGCUAUCAAUGAACAUAUAAUUGACACAACCCCAACACAAUUGCAUGAACGAUCUGCUAGCCCGUCUUCCUUUCCGUAUUCGUUGUGCAUAACUCUGCUUAAAGACUCUGAAACAUUUGUUGAAGUUGCGGGACAACAAUAUUAUGGGGAGGACAAAAAGUGGAAUUUCAUAGCUGUCACAGAGGCCAUUAAAGCUUUAGUAAGACUGGCCUUGCUCCGGAAUCAUGGGUAUAAAAUGCUUCUCCAUGGAGGAGAGAAUUCAAAUGAAGGCCACGAAUUAGAUUCCUCGAAGCUCCAUGCUGGAUACGGGAAUCGAACACAGAACAGACAGCAUCUUGGGCAGACACAUCUUGAAGGGAGAGCAUUGUCCGCUUUAAGUAGGUUUGGAGAAAAUGCUAGGAGGGUUUCUGAGCCAGCAUGGUUGCGCAGGGUUCAACACCAGCAAGCAAUUAUGGAGCCUCCAGCUGUGGUGGAUAAGAGACCUACCCUUUCCAGUAUAUUGUCAGAAAAGGGCCUUCCUGGAGGCUUAUUUGUGUUGGGAGAGGCUGCAUAUAUUCUCAGGCCACUUAUAUAUGUUUUAUUGAUACGGAAAUAUGGAGUUCGCUCAUGGUUUCCUUGGUCAGUCUCGUUGGCUGUGGACUUGAUGGGAAUGAGCAUUCUUUCACUUGCCACAACAUCGUGGCGUACUAAGCAAAACAGCAACAUUCAGCUAUCAAACCCCGAAAAGAAUGAGUUAAACAGGCGGAAGAUACUAUGGGCACUUUAUCUCAUGAGAGAUCCAUUCUUUUGCAAUUAUACUCGGCAAAGACUUGAAGGCACAGAAAAGCUCUUGCAACCUAUACCCGUCAUUGGCUUUCUUGCAGCAAAACUAAUUGAGCUUAUGGUUGGAGCUCAGACGCGCUACACUUACAUGUCUGGUUCAUGAUCUCGAAACUUUUCUGAGUGAAACAGUCCAGUAGUUGACACAACUUGCAGCUUUGUUGUUAUACUCAUUUUGCAAAUAAAGAGGACAUGCUUGGUCUCUAGUCCAUUCUGCCGCAGCAGGCAGAAAUAGCUUCCCAUGCUGCUCCGGAGAUUCUAUUCUUUAUUGGAGCUCAUCAGCGUGUGGUAAUCUGUGUUGUACCUGUGGGCUGUGGUCGGAAAACAAUAUCUGCUGCCCAAUAUUUUGGUUUAGUAGACUAUCAUUUGUUCCAUUACAGUUUAGUUGUAAAUGAGUCAGAUUUUAGAAUAUAAUAGCAUUGUGCCCAUUAUCAUUAUGGAAGAGGCUGGUGACAUGUACCAAAAGGUGUGCUUGAACCCAUAUAAAUUGGACCUUAAUUUUCUGUCUGAUGAUGUGAUGAAAUAUUCGUGAAAAGCAUGGAAAGUCUCGUAACAAUUGAAUUUUUGGUUUA